GUGUUUGCCUCAGCCGGCCCGUGCUGCACCUGCGUUCCAUUUGAACAGGCGGCCGCGCUCAAGGCGCGACUUUGAUAAGCUCGCUCACGCCGUUCUUGGCCUUCACGAGCAGUAUCUGGACGUCUAGGGCGGGUAGGGUCCUAAUUGCGAGCUGGAAGCCAUGGAGCAACACAUACUGGUUGGAUUGUACAUAGGAUCUGGGGCCGCUUCUGCGGCCGUCAUGUUAUCUGACAAGAAAGACCGGGCGCCCACACAGAUAACCUGGCCGUUUCGACGCAAAUCGACGAUUCCGCUGCGUGUACUAUAUGAGGACCGGGAUGCAGAAGCAAGCUUUAGAUGGGGCGACCAGGUCGAGGAAGCAAACGCCGACACUCUGUUUGGCAUCUGCGCUUUCACAGAUCCCUUCUACUCGGACGACGAAGACCUGGCCGGAUAUCGAAGACUAGUGGACCAGCUUCAUGGCAAAAGGGGAAAACAGUACUACCAUCUUCCUUGGUCGGUGUAUGCAGAUUUGAGUUCGAUCAGUGAUGCACAGCUUAUGCUGUUCAUCCGCGCCGUCAAGCAGCAUGUACUCGAUUCUUUGACUCAAAUAUACUCAGAAGGUUAAUUUGCAUUGUCGUUCCGCCUCAUAUAUCUGAGCGGCAGGCCAGGAGGCUCAGACGAAGGAUGAUGGAAUCAUUCCAGGAUAUCUCAGAGACCAUCAGGUUCAUCACACAACCCCAUGCCGCUUUCCUAAGUCUGGAGUGGCACCAGC